ACCAGUUGUACUUCCUGUUUCUGUUACGCGACAGUCCGCCAUGUGCGUGUGAAUGUUUGACUUAUUUACCAAACACUUACUUUGCAAACCUAACGGAGACCUCACUCGUCAUUUUGUUCCCCUGGCGUGACGAGCCGCAGACAUGUCCGCUCACGGAAGCGCGAUCGUCGGCCUGUUGUCCUACGAGACGCUGGUGCACGCCGUGGCGGGAGCGAUGGGCAGCGUCACAGCGAUGACCACCUUUUUCCCGUUGGACACGGCUAAAAGUCGCCUGCAGGUUGAUGAGACUCGGAAGUCAAAAUCCACCCCAAUCAUCCUGGCUGAAAUAGCCCAGGAAGAGGGCGUGCUGGCUUUGUACAGAGGCUGGUUUCCGGUCAUAUCCAGCCUCUGUUGCUCCAACUUUGUCUACUUCUACACCUUUAACACACUCAAGAGGCUGACAGCCACCGGGCGCCACCAAUCAAGACUUGGCAAGGACCUGCUCAUUGGCAUUGUUUCAGGGGCAGUAAAUGUGAUCCUGACCACACCCAUGUGGGUGGUCAACACUCGUCUGAAGCUUCAGGGAGCAAAAUUCAGAAAUGAGGACCUUCAUCAAACGCAUUACCAGGGCAUUUUUGAUGCGUUUUCACAGAUCAUAGCCAGCGAGGGAGUGGCAACUCUGUGGAACGGCGUGCUGCCUUCGCUCAUCCUCGUCCUCAACCCGGCGGUGCAGUUCAUGUUCUACGAGUCAAUGAAGAGAAGGGCAGGUCAAGGAGGGAGGAAGAUAUCAUCUGCAGAGAUCUUCUACAUUGGAGCUGUUGCCAAAGCCGUCGCGACCACUGCAACAUACCCACUGCAGACAGUUCAAGCCAUCCUGAGGUUUGGCCAGCAUAAAGGUGAUGGGAAGAGCGGCCUGAUGGGCAGUCUGGCAAACAUUCUCUCCCUACUCAUGGAUCGCAUCAAGCUGGCGAAGGUUAACAAUGCUGUGCUAACGACGCCAUUGAAGCUAACUUAGCAACCGGACCUCACAGAGCUAUGCUAAAACAUUAGCUCUCCACCUACGCCAGCCAGCCUUCAUCUGCUCAUCAACACCCGUGCUCACCUGCGUUCCAGCGAUCGGCGGAAGGACGAAGGACUUCACCCGAUGCGUUUGGCGGCCCGGAGACGUAGGAAGUCAAGGUGAGGUCGGCGGGUAGCGCGUCUGCUCUCCAACAAAGUCCUCCUGGUUGUGUUGCUGUAGUCCGCUGCUAAUACACCGAUCCCACCUACAACUGUCUUCUUUGCAGCCUUCAUUGUUCAUUAAACAAAUUGCAAAAGAUGUCCAGAAUACUGUGGAAUUAUGAAAUGAAAACAGAGCUUUUUGUAUAGGAUUCUACGGGGUACCAUAACUUCCGUUUAACUGACUUCGUCACGCGCAUACGUCAUCAUACCGCGACGUUUCAGCCGGAUAUUUCCCGGGAAAUUUAAAAUGUCACUUUAUAAGUUAACCCGGCCGUAUUGGCAUGUGUUGCAAUGUUAAGAUUUCAUCAUUGAUAUAUAAACUAUCAGACUGCGUGGUCGCUAGUAGUGGCUUUCAGUAGGCCUUUAAGAUGAAUAUUCCUCUCUGUCAGAUGAAAAUAAUGACCUAUUUAGAGAAUCUUAAAAUAUUAUAUUUCAUUUAAGCUUAUACAAAUGGAAUACAAGUUAUGUGUGUCAACCAAUUUAGGAAAAAAGUAAGGUGCUUUUAGGGACGUUGAUUUACAAAAACGUGAUGUAUCAAUUAUCUUCAUGAGUGUCAGUAUGAACUAUGAAAAGCAGGUGACUUUCUAUUAGCAACCUGAUACUGUUGCCUAUAAAUGUCUGUUCUUGAUCAUCCUGUGCACACUUGAAACGUAUUUUAAUCUUGUGAAGGCGAUAUUUUAGCGGGAAAUUACACAAAAAGUGGAAAAACACUAAGACUAUGAAAGAUAAUGAAAUCAAUCAAAACAUAAUGUUUCCAUAAGUUUUUGUCCAAAAUUAAAUGGUUAAUAAAAUAAAAAUAGCAAAUAUUUUUCAUGUGGGUCCCGAUCACACCUUUUAAAGCCAUUGACUACUUUCCUGUGUCAUUUCCAGUAAAGAAAAAAAAAAAUCACUUGAGCGCAAUCUAUAUGUGGAAGUCGUCCUCCAGGGGGUUCCUCGGACCACCAAGCACUGACAUGACAGCCCGGUUCAGGUUCACAAACAGUUUUAUUUUCCAAUCAAGUCUCUUGCUUUUCAGCAAUUGUUUUGUGUCUGUCUCCGGCUCGCUCUCGCUCUUUCUCCAACUCCAACGCCCCUCUCCUCCCUGGCUGCUGCCUUUUAACAGAGCGACAGGUGAUUAGAUAACCAGGCCCAGGUGGGCCAUCUACGCACCUGCCGCUGAUCUCGAAGCCGGUCCUGGCACACCCCGCUUCGCUGCAGGUCCGCAGGCCACUCCCCCCUCCACACUAUACAUCUAUAAUUAUGGAUAUUGUGUAUAUCCAUCCGUCCAUUUUCUACGGCUUGUCCCUCUCGGGGUAACAGGGGAGGCUGGAACCUAUCCCAGCUGCACUCGGGCGAAAGGCGGGGUGCAUCCCACGCGCGUGCGUGUGUGUGUGUGUGUAUACAUAUGCAGUGUUUCCCAUAAACUGCCAAGAUACCUGUGGCGGUGGGGGCGUGGCUAUGGCCGUGGUCACCAUGACAUCAUCGAGUAAUUUGCAUAAUUUACUACAAUGAUAUGAUUUUCUCUAAAAAGGCUCAAAAAAUGUAUACUUACUAAUUAAUAAUAACAGUUUUGUGUUAAACGUCCAUCCAUCCAUUUUACAAUAUAAUUACAACACUUUAUGUACAUAUUUAUAUACAGAUUUGAACAAUAAGUUAUUCACUGAAAUAUAUUUAUUAAUUGUGGUUCUUACAAAAAAUAUAUCUUAUCAAAUAUAAAAGCUAAAAUGUCUCUUAAAGCUCUGCCCCUUUAAUUAGUGCAUACUAAAUAAUUUAACUUUAGCCUACUACUACAACCAUAUUAUUUACCAGCAACAUAAAGUGAAACAGAGGCAGAGGUGUCCUGCCACAGUCAGUAACAAAUAAACAGAAAACAGUAGUGGUCAAAUACAAAUAAGGCAACAAGAGAAGUAUCCUACACUUCUCUUUUGUAAAGUAAAUCUGAACAGCCUAUAUGGGCAUCUACAUCAACUAUAUGAUUUGCCUGAGAAGCUGGACAGGACAAAAAAAAAAAAAAGUUUUUUAAUUUUUAUUUAUUUUUUAUUUGUGGCGGAUAUAAUUAUUUCGUGGUGGGCCGCCACAAAUAAAUGAAUGUGUGGGAAACACUGCAUAUGUAUUUAUAAACAUACACAUGCAUAUGUAUACAUACACAUGUAUAUGUGUGUGUGUGUGUAUAUACAUGUAUAUGUAUCUAAUCUAUAUAUGUAUAUAGAAGUAAGUGUGUGUAUUUGCGUGCGUGCGUUUACAUAAACAUGUAUAUAUAUUUAUAAAUAGACUGAGUCAAAGUAAUUUUUUUUCUGGACUGAAAAUGACAAGAAAGUAGCAAAGACAUGUUAGGGGCCCAAAUGAAAAAUAUUGACCAUUUCUAUUUUAACUCUAAAGGCUUAGUGGCCACAUGCGUGGACAGCACCUUUUAGCUCAUAUUUCCAAAAUGGUGUACACUACUGAAUUGGGGUCUUAUGUGGACACUUAUACUGCCAUCUGGUGGUGUCAGAAGAGUAUAACAUACAAUGCAAUUUGGAAAAAAAAAGUGUAAAAAUAAGAAUUAGCAUGUCACUAAACAUGAAGUACACGUUUGUGUACUUAUGGACUAAGUACAUCAUAUCAAAAGAUGAUUCUUAGUUUGUAUUCUAAUUAGGGUCCAAUAAGCCCAAAUAGCAAAGAGAAAUAAAAAAAAAAGCAUGUAAACAAACAGCUUGGGCCUUAAGAGGUUAAAAAUCAUUUAAAUCUCCCUGAGAGCCAGUGUCCUCUGCAGUGGACAUUGUUUUUUUAGAGUUACACAUUUUGGGAAGAAAAGAAAAUUGCCUCUUAGGCAAAACACAAAUGUCUACUGCAGUGGACACACAAACAUCCCUCUGGUGUAAGGUUUACAUGUAAAUUCUUCCUAGCUUCUAUUGCAAUUCUUACUUGACUCAUGUGAUUAUUUGUAUUAAACAUACAUUGUGUAAAAUGCAUUCUGUAAACCAAACAAAAACUAUUUGUGUGUUUGUUUUGUGUUUUAUUAAUAUCAGGGGCCAAUAAAAUGUGUCUUUAACGAUUCCGAUUCGGA